AUGUCUUGGAACGAGAGUAGGGAUUGCUGCAGGUGGGAUGGAGUCACUUGUGACUUAUUAAACGGUCAUGUUAUCGGGUUAGACCUUAGUUGUAGUCUGCUUAGUGGAAGUAUUCAUCCCAAUAGCACCCUCUUCCAACUUCAUCAUCUCCAAACACUAAACCUUGCUAACAAUUACUUCGAUACUUCUUCUUCAAUCCCACAUAACAUUGGCCAAUUGACGAAUUUGAGGCAUCUCAACCUUUCAUGGUCUCACUUUAGUGGAAAAAUCCCAACAGAAAUCUCAUACCUUUCCAAUUUGGUUUCACUUGAUCUUUCUGGUAAUGAAUUACAACUUGAUGAGAGAACAUUUGAAACAAUGCUUCACAACUUGACAAAUCUGGAGCUACUUUCUCUCUUUUAUGUCAACAUCUCAUCUCCCAUACCUACGAAUAUGUCUUCCUCCUUAAGGUAUGUCAAUCUUAAGGCAACCAAUUUGGAAGGUGUUCUCACGGAGAGCUUAUUCCUUCUGCCAAACUUGGAAACGCUCUAUUUGAGUUAUAACUAUCUUCUCAAAGGAGUUUUACCAAAGAUCAACAGUACUCUGUUGGAGUUAGAUAUUUCAUCCACAGGCAUCUCUGGUUCCAUUCCUGAUUCAAUUGGCACCUUCAGUUCCUUGAAUAUCUUGAACCUCGAACAAUGUCAAUUCUCGGGUUCCAUUCCUGAUUCCAUAGGCAACCUAACACAAAUUACGGAGUUGAUAUUAUCUUAUAAUCAUUUCACUGGCCAUAUUCCUUCAACAAUCUCUAAAUUGAAGCACCUCACACAUUUGGAACAUUCAUCUAACUCCUUUUCAGGUGAAAUUCCAGACGUUUUCUCUAACCUCCAAGAGCUGCGUUAUUUACAUCUUUAUGAUAACAGCCUCAUCGGUUCAUUUCCUUCUACAAUUUCAAACUUGACACAUCUUGAAAGCUUAGCCUUGACGAGUAAUUCCCUAUCUGGCCCACUGCCUAAUAAUGCGAACAUUCUUCAAAAGCUAACCCGACUGGAAUUAAAUAACAACUCACUGAAUGGUACCAUACCGUCUUGGGUGUUUAACCUCCCUUUAGCAUCUUCAUUGUGGCUCCAUAAUAAUCAAUUUAGUGGACUACCCCAUGAGAUCAAAACAAACCCAACAUUAGAAUACCUGUAUUUAAGCAAUAAUCAACUCAGUGGUUCUUUACACCAAUCACUUGCGAAUCUCACAAACCUUUCUACCCUUGACCUUUCAACAAACAACAUCACCGGUGAUGCAGGAACAAAUAUCACCUUUCCUCGCCUACAAGUUCUGCAGUUAUCAUGUUGUGAACUGAAGGAUUUUCCAUAUUUCUUGAGAAAUGUAAAGACACUUUCGGUCUUGGAUGUGUCUAAGAAUAAGAUUCGUGGUCCAAUCCCUAACUGGUUUAGUGGCAUGAGGUGGGACUCGUUGGAGUUCCUAAAUCUUUCACAUAAUUCAUUAACAGGCCACCUACCACAAUUUCAUUACCAUAGUCUAGAGUAUCUUGAUCUUAAAUUUAACUCCCUUCAGGGUCCACUACCUUCAUCCAUUUGUAACAUGAGCAGGCUUGAAUUUCUAGAUUUAUCACGCAACAACUUCAGUAAUUCGAUUCCAAGUUGCUUGGGAAACAUGGCUAAUCUAACAGUGCUGGACUUAAGAAGGAACGAUUUCACAGGGAGUCUUCCCUCAUUAUGUGCGCAGAGCUUUUUAUUGAGAACCAUUGUCUUGAAUGGUAAUCGUUUUGAAGGAACUGUCCCGGUGUCGUUGCUCAAGUGUGAUGGUCUAGAAGUCCUUGAUGUGGGGAACAAUGUUAUAAAUGACACGUUUCCAGCUUGGCUCGGAACUCUUCAAGAGUUGCAGGUCCUUAUAUUAAAGUCGAACAAGUUCCAUGGACCUAUAAGUACUAGGAAGAAGUUUUACUUUCCCAGGUUGCGGAUAUUUGAUCUCUCUCAAAAUGAGUUCAGUGGCUCACUGCCUGCAGAAGUUUUUCGAAACUUCAAAGCGAUGAUCAAAUUAGAUGACAGAAAGGAAGGUGAGAUCAAAUAUAUGAGUCAAUAUUUGUAUACAGAUUCAAUAUAUGAGGAUUCAGUGAGUUUGGUAAUCAAAGGGCACGAUAUUGAGCUAGAAAGAAUCAGCACAAUUAUGACAACCAUAGAUCUCUCAAGCAAUCAUUUUGAAGGUGUCAUUCCAAAAACACUAAAGGAUCUCAGCUCACUUUGGCUACUUAAUUUAUCCCAUAACAAUCUCAUUGGUACUAUUCCAAUGGAAUUGGGGCAAUUGAAUAUGCUUGAAGCGUUAGAUCUCUCUUGGAAUCGGCUCACUGGAAAGAUUCCACAGGAAUUCACAAGAAUGAACUUUCUGUCAUUCUUAAACCUCUCUCAAAAUCUCCUUGUUGGACGCAUUCCUCAAGGUUCACAAUUCAACACAUUUGAAAAUGACUCGUAUGGUGGCAACCUUGAUUUAUGCGGUCCUCCUUUAUCAAAGAAAUGUGGAACGAGUGAUCCAUCGCAUGUUCCUCAACAAUUGGAGGAAGAAGAAGAAGAUGAUGAGUCAUAUUUUUUUAGUGGAUUUACAUGGGAAUCAGUAGUCAUAGGCUACAGUUUUGGACUCGUUGUUGGAACUGUCAUGUGGAGUCUCAUGUUUAAAUAUCGUAAGCCAAAAUGGUUUGUCGAAUUUUUUGAAGGCAUUUUCCCCAAGAAAAUGAGAAGGUCAAAGAAGAGAAGGCUAAGAUGGUGGAUUUAA